GGAAACACGUCAAGGAGGGUCACGCGCAGACCAGCAAGUGGACUUUGAACCGUACGUUGAUGUAAUUUGGCUGGGGUAUAUAUAAAGAAAACCUCGACCACCGAGGAACAUUCACAGCUCGCUAAAUGCUGGAACUCUCACACAUUAUACUGAGCAGUAAUUAUAUGUACGACAAAGUCUGCAGGCACAACAAGCAAGAAUGGAAGAGGAACAGUUCAUAAAUAAGCUGGGGAACCUACCGAUGGUGAACCUGGCAUGGACCACUGCCUUCAGUGCCUAUGAGAAGACAAAAGAAAGGCAUGCCCUGUUGAGGACAGCCCUCAACUUGGCCGAGAGCAGUGUCACCACAGUGGCUCAAACUGCUAAGCCACUUGUGGACAAAGUCCAGCCUCAGAUUGCUGUGGUGAAUCAUUAUGCCUGUGAGAAGCUGAACACCCUGGAGACCAAGUACCCAGUCAUCACCCAGCCUGCUGAUGAGGUGUAUGCCAACAGCAAGAAAGCCUGUGAGGAAUACCUUAAACCUGUCACCAGCACCGUCAGUGGCGUCUACAACGUCGGCAAGCAGCAGGUGACUCGUGUGGGUCAGUUUGGUACUGCAACGGUCAAUGGUGUGAAGAACUACAGCACCAGUCAGAUUGCACGUGUCCAAAGUCUUGGUCAAGGUGUGCUGGAUGCCUCCCUCGGUACCAAGUAUGGCCAGCUGGCUGUGUCUGGACUGGACGGUGUGCUGUCUACGUCCGAACAUUUGGUGGACAGAUAUCUGCCUCCCGAGGAUGGUGAGGUUGACAAGCCAGAGAAGAAUCCUCUGUACCGUGCCACGUCACUCACGUCCAAGGUGCGACGCCGCAUGUACAAGAGGGCCAUGCGAGACCUGCGUGGCGUCCAGGUGAAGGGUCAGGAUGCCCUGUCCAAACUCAACUUUACCGUCAACCUGAUCGACUAUGCCAAGAACAAUAUGGACCAGGCCCGCACCAUUGUAGGCGAUAGUGUGACCGCUGUGCAUGACAAGGUCACCAACACCUGGAGCCGCAUCACCACCGAGGAUGAGGAGGGGGAAGAGAAGAACCCUCAGAACAUGGAGGAGAGAACCAUUCUUCUUGCCCGUCGCCUUACCCGCCAGAUACGUCACAGCACCGCCACAGUGUCCCAGUACAUCACCUCUCAACCUCAGCAUCUUCGGGAAACUAUUGCUCAGGCUACAAAAUAUAUUGAAGAACUCUACUCAACUUUCUCCAAGGCUAAAUCAUAUGAAGACCUCCCAUUUUGGUUCCUGAGUCAGGCCAAGGACAGAUUGAGCUAUGUACAGGAAACACUAGGCUUUGCCACCGACCUCCUCAUCUCAACCCCUCUCAACUGGCUGAGCCUUGACCUUGACCUGCAUGAUCUUCAGCUGGAGGACCCGGACAUCGUCAACAGCAAUGGUUUUCCUCACAUCCCAUUACUUGGACCAGGCAGUGUCCAUCUGGAGUGAUUCCUGGUUCCGCGACACUGUAUACUACUAAUACCAUGCUAUAGACGCUAAAGAGACCCGAUCUCUGCAUAUUACUGUUGUUAAUAUAUCGUUUUACGUCAUGUUUUAGUCAUAUAUAUUCGGCAUAAGAGUAUGUGCUUUUAAUGUUUUUAUCAAUCUAUAUGUUUGACCAUGGGCAUUUAGAGCUUAGCAAAUUUGAAUAUGUGUUGUGGAGCGUCCAUGUGUUUCUGUAUUUUAUGAAUGAAAGUUGUUUAAAGAAAACUCGAAUCCUGCCAAACCCACCCAAUGUCCUUUGGCUGUACCGAUACUGAAACUGAACAGAAAUAACCAAGUUCCCUAUGAAGACGUAUGGGUGGGUUUCAUGCAGAUAUAGUUUAUGCUUUUUUUCAGAAAAAAUAUGCCCUCUCCAGAAAUCAGUUUUAGUAUGCAUGUGUACAAUUCUGUACACCUCACAGGGCUGUUCGUGGUAUACUUCAGCGUCAACAUUGUACAGUCUGGCCAGCUGCAAAGGGAGCGUGCUCUACGCCCUGUACCAGUUUCACUUUUGAACUCAGUAUCAGUAAAACAUGACCCUACUACUGAGACGACAUUAGAAGUGAGUUGACAAUCCUUGAAACAUAAGGCUUUUCUACUUCCCCACCCUUCUCAAUAUGCAUUUUGACGAGGUCGUAUUGCAUCGUUUAAUACAAAUAUUGAUACAAUAUACCCGUUGCAAUGUGUACAUGCAUAUUGAAGUCCGUGUCUCGGGGUAUUCCUUUCAUCUGCAAAACCAUGGCUGGUGAACGGGUGGCCAGGUUGCAAAAAUUCAACGUGAAAUGUCCCGACCUUGGUGAAGCCAUUAAUCUUGAAUCAAUUCUUACCUGGUUCGAAUCCAGGUUUACCCUUGUUUUUGUUAUUCGAAUCCAGGUUUACCCUUGUUUUUGUUUUUUUCAACGCUAUGGCCGUGUUUGUGGGUUUUACCAAAGUGGUAACCUCAGACACCUGCAUCACUUUGGGAUUACCCCUCCACAUUGAGUUGCCACGCCUUGAUAUAACUAGAACGCUGCGUUUAGUGUUUAAAAGGCGUUAAACAGACUCGCUCACUACACGACCAUCACAUUCUGCCGAUAACCUGCAUCUAACUGACCAAGGCAGAACAAUGAAUACAACUAUCGUUGUACAGACUGAAGGUGUAGUCAUUGUUAUUACGGUAACAUAAAACAAGAAAGUCCAAGUAAUGUCCUUGGUCGAAGUAAAGAUAAGGCUAUUUACUGACAGGUUCUGCAAUCGAAGGCAGAGUACGCUCAAAUUAUAUCAGGGAGUCUGAUAUUAGAAAGGACCAAUGUUGUAUUUAAUAUACACUGAAAUUAUAACUAGGUCAUCCUUCUGAGGGACUUAUCUUGUUAAAUUGCCAUUUAAAAGAACGUAUCCGGUCAACACAGCAAGUUCUUCUUAUUAUUAUUUUCAAUUUCACAGUCAUUUCACAUGGCAUGUUUGUGCAUUGUUUAAAGCUUUGUAACUGUUCGAUAUGACAAUGAAACAGGCUUGAAUUUUAAAUUAUCUGAACACAGACGCAUGGAGAUGUUUGAGAGAAUGUGUCCGUCAUUUCCUACCUCAGCUGUCACUACAUCACAAAUGUACACUGUAGAAACGACUUACUUCAAACUACGCAAGAUUUUACUCCUAUUUUUACGAGCGUAUACGCAUUGUGUAACGCAUGAUAUACAAGAUAUUGUGAAAUGUGUCCUAACCUCUUUACCGUUACCUAAUGUCGCAUGUACGUGAGACGUAAAGCUAUAGUUUCCUAAACUCAUUUCUUGUAUAUGCUCCAGAGGUUCACGUAAUAGAGCUGGUUAAAAUAUGACCCUUGAAAUACUAAUACGAUCAUUGAAUACCUUUGAAAUAUAAUGUCCACAAAGGAUUUCUUAACUAUGUAUUAAUCUUUAAUAAACAAUAUAUUUCCACUAC